AGUAACCCAAAAAAAAAAAGAAGAAUUGAACAAAUUACCAAAACUUGCAAGUUGUAAUCCCAAUUCAUUAGCGUUUUGGUUGGAAGCACAUUCCACUAAGCUCUCCAUAUUUUUCUUUCAUUAUUGCUCUUCUUCUUUCCUGCAAAAAAGGGCAAUAAAAAUGGAAACCAUCAUCAUAUGUCCAAACUGCCAUAACCAAUUACAGGGGACACCAUGUUCCGCUGUUUAUCGCUGCCAGUUCUGCAAAGCCAAGAUUUCGGUGGAGAAAUGUGAGACUGUCCCAAAGGGACCUUUAAGCUUCCGUUGGACAACGAAGUUGUACGGAAGUGGUAGCCUUUGUUCUACUUCAGAUCAGAAACCAAAACCUAUGAUGUUCAGUACAUCUGGACAUCAGCCCAAGAAGGCUUUUCUUUGUGGAGUCAGUUACCAAAAGAAGAAGCACAAACUCAAGGGAACGGUUAAUGAUGUCAACAGAAUGAAGUCUCUUCUGGUUGAUAAAUUUUGUUUUCCAGAAAACGCUAUUCUUGUGCUUACAGAAGAGCAGAGUGACCCAAAUCUAACCCCAACAAAGAAGAACAUACAAAAGGCCUUGAGCUGGCUUGUGGAGGACUGCAAGUCAGGGGACUCCUUGGUCUUUUACUUUUCGGGGCAUGGACUACGACAACCUGAUUUUAGUCAAGACGAGAUUGAUGGGUACGAUGAAACUAUCUGUCCUUCUGAUUUUAUGACAGCUGGCAUGAUAUUUGAUAAUGAAAUCAAUACCACCAUUGUCAAGCCACUGAAAAAAGGUGCAAAGCUUCAUGCUAUUGUUGAUGCCUGUCAUAGCGGAACCAUUCUCGAUCUGGAGCAUGUUUACAAUAGCAAACAGAAAAGGUGGGUAAAUAACAAACCUCCAUCAGGUGUUAGCAAAAGUACAAAUGGUGGACUAGCCAUCUCUCUGAGUGCCUGCGCCGAUGAUCAAUUGGCUGCUGAUACAAGUGCCUUCACAGGAAACGAAAUGACAGGCGUCUUGACUUUCCUUCUGGUCCAAACAAUUGCAGAAAAUCCCAAUAUAACAUACGGUGAUCUACUCGAUAAGAUACAUGAGAAGAUUGUGCAAGCUAAUAAACAUGGAUGCCUCAAUGCUCCGUUCCUAAAUAAGCUGUUCCGUAGAAAAUUACUACAGGAAUGUCAACUAUCAUCUUCAAAGGAGUUUGACGUUGAUAAAGAGGUAUUCAAGUUAUAGACGAGUGCAGAGGAGUUCAAGUCAUUCGAUUCAUCGAUGCACGAGCAUUGGUCCAAACUUUUCCAAUUUACUUUCAAAGAUCCAUCAAUUGCAAACAACCCCAAUAACCAAGCCGCUUUUCGGUGGAAUUAUAUCAUUAGCCCUCCAUAAUUUGGAGUUUUCCAAUUCGAGAGUUUUAAUUUUCUCACCUUGGAAAUUCCAUUUUUAUCUAGGCCAUUCGGAGAACGUUUAUCUUUCACUCGAGCUUUCAAAUUAAUUACUUUUCUUAGCAAGGUUUUCCUUGCUUAAGUUGUUUAAUUUUACCUUUAUCAUAUAUAAGUUGUAAGCCUUAGAGCUGGAGGUUUCAUUAAUAAUAUUGAGUUUCUUUAAGAGAGAAAAUCUCGUCAUAAUUAUAGAAGAGGUUUAGUGUUUUUAGCUGCAACAUU